AUGGAGGCAGACGAUUACACAAAGAGAGGGAAGGAGAUGGUGGAUUUCAUCCGGCAGUAUCUCACAGGCAUUCGUGACAGGCGUGUUGUUCCAGACGUGCAGCCGGGUUUCAUGCGUCCUCUGCUGCCCACCUGUGCCCCCCAUGAACCAGAGGACUGGAACUCCAUCCUGCAGGACGUGGAAAACAUCAUCUUGCCCGGGGUGGUGCAUUGGCAGAGUCCUCACAUGCAUGCGUAUUUUCCAGCGCUGAACUCCUGGCCGUCUCUGUUGGGUGACAUGCUCGCAGAUGCUAUUAACUGUCUGGGCUUCACCUGGGCUUCGAGUCCGGCGUGCACUGAGCUGGAGAUGUGUGUGUUGGACUGGUUGUGUAAAGCGCUAGGCUUACCAGAUCACUACUUACACCAUCAUCCACAGAGCACUGGAGGAGGAAUACUGCAGCUGUGUGCAACGCUCGGCUCCACUGGUGUGUGUUCAUUUGAUCGUCUGGAUGAACUGGGUCCAGUGUGUGCGCGUGAAGCUCUCUGGCUGCAUGUGGAUGCGGCGUACGCAGGUUCAGCUCUUCUGUGUCCUGAGCUGCGCUACUUCAUCAACGGAAUCCAGUUUGCAGACUCGUUUGUCUUCAACCCGUCCAAGUGGAUGAUGGUUCAUUUCGACUGUACGGCGUUCUGGGUGAAAAAUAAACUGAAGCUUCAGCAGACGUUUACCGUGGAUCCGCUUUACCUGAGACAUGACAACACUGACACGACUGACUUCAUGCACUGGCAGAUUUCUCUGAGUCGACGCUUUCGUUCGCUGAAGUUGUGGUUUGUGAUGCGUUCGUUUGGACUGAAGAACUUGCAGGCUCACAUACGACACGGUGUGGAGAUGGCAAAGCUCUUCGAGUCUCUGGUCAGGAGUGACACAAGCUUCCAGAUUCCCGCUCAGCGUCACCUCGGGCUCGUGGUUUUCUGUUUAAGGGCAGGGAACGGCCCGACGCAGGAGCUGCUGAGAGAACUGACGAAAUCCGGGCAGAUAUUUCUGAUUCCCGCCGCCAUCGGAAACAAACUUAUCAUCCGCUUCACGGUCACGUCUCAGUUCACCAGCGCUCAGGACAUCGAGAGAGACUGGAGGCUCAUUCAGCAGACGGCCAGAGAGGUGCUGCAGACCCGCGGGCUCACGCGAGAGCCCAGCCUGGUGUCUGACGGCGACAGCUGUGAGGAGAACGCUGAGGAGGAGCAGGAAGAGGUCCUGAUGAGCAUCCAUUCCGAGCUGAGCAGAAUGCGUCUGGAGCCCAUGAUCGACGAGCGUCUGGUGCGGCAGGGACAGAGACGAGCCAUCCGCUCACUGAGCUGCAGCGCCGAGCUCCCGCCCGCCAGACCCGAUCGCGGCCACCCCUUCAACGAGGCCCUGGCCUCAGGGUCCCUGCCGCAGAUCCCAGAGCGGCCGACGCGCUUCGAGCAACGGGUGCAUAAGCGCUUGCUGAAGGUCCACAGCGUUCCCAGUCUGUCGCAGGUUUGGGCGCAGUGUGGCAUGCAGCAGCUCUAUCACCCUUUUAAGAGAGGUUGGGUCACCAGCCGGGCGAGCUGCUUCAACUGCUUCCCUUUAACCGACACCCGCCCACUGCCCACCAAAUAACAACACACACAUAAAUCACACACACAUAUAUCUCUUUAUUAAUACACACGCAUUCAUUUCCAGUCAAACGUUUAAAAAUACUUUACUGAGUUCAUGUUUGUCUUGAUCUUCAUCAAAUCCUUUUGAAGUGAUUUAUUAUUAUAAUUGUUUCUGAGCACAGACUUUACUUUUUAACUGUUAGUUUAUAGAGAACCACAGUAAAGGUGAAUUAUGAAUAUGAUUUGUGUCUAUCAUGUCUGU